AUGAAUACUCAACGAGAAGGAUCUUCAACUACUCGCCCACCUCUUCUAAUCGGCCCCAACUACUCAUACUGGAAAUCAAAAAUGAAGAUGUUUAUCAAAUCCAUAGAUGAGAGAGCAUGGCGCGCCAUCAUAACUGGUUGGACACCUCCCAUGAUCAAAGGAGAAGACAAAGCGGAAGUAUUCAAACCAGAAGCAGAUUGGAGUGAUGGAGAAAUACUACUCGCAAACUACAACUCAAGGGCCCUAAACGCAAUAUUUAGUGCUGUUGAUGAUAAUCAAUUUAAACUAAUAGCGUCAUGUGAAUCUGCAAAGAGAGCUUGGGAAAUUCUUCAAGUCACAUACGAAGGAACGUCAACUGUUAGGACAUCCAAGUUACAGAUGCUGGCCACCAAAUUCGAAAAUUUGAAGAUGGAGGAGAAUGAGACGAUCACUGACUUCCAUGCUAAAUUAUGUGAUAUCUCCAAUGAAUCAUACGCACUCGGUGAACCUUACUCAGAAAGCAAAUUAGUGAGAAAAGCGAUGCGCUCAUUACCUGAAAGAUUCGCUUACCGAAUUGCUGCCAUUGAAGAAGUCAGAGACGUUGACACGCUCAAACUAGACGAACUCAUGGGGAAACUUCUAGCACAAGAACUCAAUCAUGGUGAAAAUCAUCGUGAAAAGUCUAGAGAAAAGAAGAUAGCCUUUCAAGAAGAAACAUCAUAUGCAACGCCCCAAAAUUCGUCAACUCAAGAAGAUGAGCAAACAGUUGAAGAAUCCUUGGCACUACUAUCGAAAAAUUUUGGGAAAUUUCUCAAAAAGAUCGGAAAAAGGGGAAAUCUUCCAAGCACAGGGAAACCCGUGAACUUUCAAAAUUCUAGGAGAAAUUCAAAUCAAGAUAACUCAGAGGAGUCAAAACCAAGAAGAAUACAAUGCCGAGAAUGCGAAGGCUUUGGUCACAUUCAAUCAGAAUGCGCAAACACCCUGAAGAAAAAGAAGAAAAUGUCACUUACUACUGUUUGGAGCGAUGAAGAAGAAUCUGAUGAUGACCAAGGAAACAACGAUCAAGUCACUAACUUUGUAGCAUUCAGCAGCAAAGUUCCUCUGGACAACUCAGAAUCAACUGUUGCUUCAACUGUUGCAACAGACUGUGAAACAAAAUCCAGGUAUGAAAAUAUGUGUUAUGAUUAUGACAAAAAUCUAAACGAAAAUUCUUCUUUUGCAGAGGAUCCGAACAACAACAGUGAUGAGGAAGAACCAACCUUGGACGAAGUAAAGGAGGUAUAUGAAAAAAUGUACCAAAAAUGGCUCGACGUCGUUAAGGUAAAUAACUUCCUGGAAAAGGAGAAGUUUGUGCUUGUAGAGGAAAACAAGACACUAAAGGUAAGAAUCUCUACUCUUGAGGAAAGGGUCAUAUCUAGUGAUCAAGAGAAAAAUAGUUUGCAGGCUAAACUUACUCAAACUCAAGAAGCAAUUGCAAAAUUGAACUUGGGUAGAGGUAAUCUAGAUGAAAUCUUAAGCAACAACAAGCCAAACUAUAAUCGUCUAGGCAUAGGAGGGAGUCAGCUACCCAAAGUUGAUCUAAAGCGAAAGGAAGAUCAAAACAGAAAAAUCAACUUUGUUAAACAAGCUUCUGUCACACAAACAGUUGCAACUGUUGAAGCAACAAAACACAAUUCAAAGAAAAGGUUUAUUCCUACUUGUUUUUUCUGUCAAAAUCCAGGUCACAUACGUCCUAGAUGUUUCAAAUAUUUAAAACUUGUGAAAAAGCUUGUGGCUCGUUCUCUUUACUCUGCUAGGGCUGGUUAUUUUCCUUCACCCUCUCAAAAACCCAAAAACAAAAUUGAUAUUUCAAAUAGACCUCAGCAAAAAAUUUGGGUUGAAAAGUCCACGUUUAAAUGUUUAUCUGCGAUUACCUCUUUAAAAACAAGUACUGCUAAUGAUUGGUAUUUUGACAGUGGCUGUUCACGACAUAUGACCGGUGUUAAAGAGUUUCUGAAAAACUAUCAACAAAUCACCGGUGUAGCUGUUACCUUUGGAAACGGAAAAAAGGGUGAAGUGCUAGGGAAAGGAUCGCUAAAUCAUGAGAAUCUGCCAAAGCUGAAGAAUGUACUACUUGUAGAAGGACUCACGUCAAAUCUGAUAAGCAUCAGCCAGUUAUGUGAUCAAGAUCUUGAAGUCAGAUUCAACAAAUUCGCAUGUCGAGUCUUAGACAAAGACGAGAAUUGUGUUAUUCAAGGAACUCGAUCAUCUGACAACUGCUAUAUUCUUGUCUCUGCUGGUAUGAACUGUUUCAACAGUCUGUCAGACUCUACAGUGCUUUGGCACAAAAGAAUAUCUCAUGAAUUCUCCGCACCUAAAACACCUCAACAAAAUGGAGUGGUUGAACGCAAAAAUCGCACUCUGCAAGAGAUGGCCAGGGUCAUGAUGAACGCAAAGGAGAUCGCUCCUCGUUUUUGGGCUGAAGCAGUUAACACUGCAUGUCAUAUUAUAAAUCGAGUCUAUCUUCGACCAGGUACCACUAAAACUCCCUACGAAAUUUGGAAAGGUAAAAAACCCCAACUCAACUAUCUUCGUACUUUUGGCUGUACUUGUUAUAUUUUGAAUGACAGAGAACAGCUUGGGAAAUUCGAUGCUAGAAGUGAUCAAGGAAUAUUCUUAGGCUACUCUCGAAAUAGCCAUGCGUAUAGAAUAUUUAAUCUUAGAACAAAAUCUGUGAUGGAAUCUGCAUAUGUUCAAUUUGAUGAUUUUAAUAAUGAUGCAGGACCAUUGGAAGAGGAAUCAACAAAGGAAUCGGAAAACAGCUCCAGUGUCGCACCAACAGUUCCAACAGUUGAUGCAGCCUCUACCAUUUCAGAAGAAAGUGACGUCAAUUCUGAAACAGGAGAUGAAGCUGAAGUCAGGCCUCUCGAAUUGGAUGAUCAAACUCACAAGGAACCCUCAAGAAGAGUCAAGAAGAAUCAUCCAGUGGAUAAAGUCAUUGGACCGGUAGAAGAAGGAAUUCAAACCCGAGGUAAACCCAAGGUGAAUUACAAGGAAAUGGCAAGGUAUGUUUGUUUCACUUCGACUAUAGAACCCAAAAACGUCAAAGAAGCCUUAUUAGAUGAAUAUUGGGUUCAAGCCAUGCAUGAGGAACUGGAACAAUUCGUUCGAAAUGACGUUUGGGUUUUGGUUCCUAGGCCUGAUAAUGUCAAUAUAAUAGGUACAAAAUGGGUCUUUAAAAAUAAGUCUGAUGAACAUGGAAAUAUCGUUCGUAACAAAGCUAGAUUAGUUGCACAAGGCUAUAGUCAAAUCGAAGGCAUUGACUUCGAUGAAACUUUCGCUCCUGUUGCUAGACUAGAAUCUGUUCGAUUACUCCUAGCCAUUGCUUGUUUUCUAAAAAUCAAACUUUUUCAAAUGGAUGUCAAAAGCGCUUUCUUAAAUGGUAUUUUAAAAGAAGAGGUUUAUGUUGAACAACCCAAAGGAUUUCAAGAUCCACAUCAUCCCAAGCAUGUUUUCAAAUUAAACAAAGCCCUGUAUGGUCUCAAACAAGCGCCUCGAGCUUGGUAUGAGCGUCUUACGGAAUUUUUAUCGCACAAGGGAUACACUAGGGGUAGCGUUGAUCGAACUCUUUUCUUUAAAAAAUCAAAGGGAGACAUCCUGAUUGCUCAAAUUUAUGUAGACGAUAUCGUUUUUGGAUCUACCUCUCAAACAAAAAUUGAAGAGUUUGUUAAACAAAUGUCUAGUGAAUUUGAAAUGAGCAUGGUUGGGGAACUCACGUAUUUUUUAGGUCUUCAAGUUAAACAAAUGAGUGAUGGAAUUUUCAUAACUCAAUCCAAGUAUGCAAAAAACCUUGUCAAAUGUUUUGGUUUGGAAUCUGCAAAAACUGUUAGAACUCCUAUGGGAACAAACGACAAACUGUCGCGACAGUUGGAUGCAACAGCUGUAGAUCCCACACUAUAUCGAAGCAUGAUAGGUAGUCUUUUGUAUCUUACUUCUAGCCGACCAGAUAUAUGCUAUAGUGUUGGAGUUUGUGCCAGGUAUCAAUCCAAUCCCAAGGAAUGCCACCUGAGUGCUGUCAAACGAAUCAUUCGCUACGUAAGUGGAACAACUGAUUUCGGUAUUUGGUAUUCCAUGGAUACUAACACAACACUUGCAGGUUUUAGCGAUGCUGAUUGGGCAAGUGAUGCAGACGAUCGAAAAAGCACGACGGGAGGAUGUUUCUAUCUUGGGAAUAAUCUCGUCUCUUGGUACAGCAAAAAGCAGAAUAGCAUCUCACUUUCCACUGCCGAAUCCGAAUAUAUCGCUGCAGGUAGUUGUUGUGCUCAACUCUUAUGGAUGAAACAAAUGGUAUGUGAUUAUGGUAUUAGUCAAGAUUUAUUGCAUAUUUAUUGUGACAAUAUGAGUGCAAUUAAUAUUUCCAAGAAUCCAGUACAGCACUCUCGAACUAAGCAUAUUGAAAUUCGCUACCAUUUCAUUAGAAAUCUUGUAGAGGAAGGAACUGUCUCAUUAGAGUAUGUCACAACGGAGAAACAACUUGCUGACAUCUUUACUAAACCCCUAGAUGCACAAAGGUUUGAUUCCUUGCGAAAUUCGCUUGGAAUUUGUAUUGUCUGACCUGUGCAGUUGCAUAAACUGUUGCAACAGUCUGUGUCCAGACUUGCAACUUUUAAAGUUUUAUGGACACAUCACGCAUACUGCAUUUUGUUCAUCUAGGUUAUGCAUUAGACAUAUUGCAUGUGAUGAGACCCCUUGUGUAUUGGAUACUAUCUGUACUUUCGAAUCUUGUGAGGUAGAACUUCAUCAAUCCCCAAAUGAUAGCUACAGAGGCUUUAGCUUAUUUACUACCCUUCACAGUCUUGUCAUGGUUGAACACACUCAUAAGGAAAAGCUGCCGCUCCAAAUGAGUGAAAGCUACUCUUGAAUUUUCGUUAAUUCUAUAUAUAAAAUGUCAAUCAGUUGGUCUGUGAAUAGUUCG